AUGGUGAUUGAGCGGCUAAUGAAGAAAAUGGUCGUUAAUCCUGUACCUAAAAAAGCUUUUAAACCUACCACAGCAUUAUCUAUACCCAGGCAUCCUAUGCUCACAUUUGGUGUAUCACUUGGAGAUGUUAUAGAACGCGACAAGACUGAAAUUCCGAUCGUUAUUUCUGAUAUAUUUAACUUCUUAUUAAAUAAAGGUGGUUUACAAUCUGAAGGCAUCUUUCGUGUAAAUGGUAAUUCACGAACAGUUGAGAUAUUGCGUGCCAUUGUCGAUGAAAACGGAAGUUAUUGGCAUUUAGGGGAAUUUUCAAGUAUAGCUGGAGAUUUGGAUCGUUCAGUUGACGUUUUCUCGGUUGCUAGUCUUCUUAAGUUGUAUCUAAGGGAAUUGCCAGAAGGAUUAAUUCCAGAAAAUAUCACUGCAUUAUUUUUGAAAAUUCAUUCGGAAUAUCGUUCAAAUCAAGAUGCUUAUCUAAUUCAGUUGGAAAAUUUAGUUGCUCAAUUGCCAGUGGUCAAUUAUACUCUACUCAAGCAUUUAUGCCAAUUUUUACACCAUGUUUCUGUUUACCAAUCUGAUAAUAAAAUGUCGAUUGAAUCAUUAGGUAUUGUAUUCGGACCUAAUGUUUUUCGAUUUACACCUGAAAACUUGGGUUAUCGAGAACAGAAUUCAAUCAAUCAUAUCAUGGGGAUUUUAAUUGAACAUUCGGGCAGUUUAUUUCGUAUGAUUGCACCAAGCUGUGAAAAUGUAACAACUUUAAAUGACAAUUUAUCAGACAAAAAUUGUACACAAAUUCAAGCUGUUAGAAAUAAAAAAUAUAACACUUCUGACAACUUAUCUAGUGUGAAGUCUCGCAAUAAUGAAGAUGAUGUUGAUACUGAUUAUCUUACUCAGUCGACAGCAAAAGUUGAGACAAAUCACAUGCUAACACAUGUUACAAAUACAUAUUGUGAUGUUCCACAGAUUGGUAUUAAAGCUUCAACAACCCCAGCUGCAACAACUACAACGAAAGCAAAGAAGACUGUGCCAGAACUGGCGAAAACUAACGAUAUUGUCGAUACUAAUGAUAAUCAAUUUAAGCGUAAAUCAUCUACAUGUGAUAUUAUUUCAACAUACUUAGAAAUAGCUAUUCGAUCAUGCAUACAAGAGCAUUUAUUUCAGGAACGCUUAUCAGAUUUUAAAGUGUAUGAUACUGCAGAUACAGUUAAUAAUUUUAAUCAUAGUUCAGUUGGUAUGAAUCAAAUUUCGAAAUCAGAUUAUUCAGACGUCGGUGUAGCUAAAACAAAUUCUAUCAGUCAAGCAAAUUUAAAAAAUCCUGAAACUAAUUAUUCGAAAUUACCGUCAACUACAGAUCGGACUAAUGAAUCGAACGAUCAAAUUCUCAAUAGAUUGACUUAUUACUUACAUAAUUUUAAAUCUCGUUUACGAGAAUAUGAAAAACUAUUUGAACAGGAUUAUGGACGUAAGCCAACUAAUUCAGAUAAAUAUUCUAAUCCAAAGAUUGCUGAAUUAUUACGUCAAUUGUCUGAAGUACAAGAAACGAUUAGACAAAUCAAAUUAUCAGGUAAAAGUUCUGAUGGUAUCAUUUCUCCAGCCAAUAAUCAGAACGGAUAUUCUUCAGAGUACAAUACAUAUGAAGAUUAUUCAAUUAAAAUUCAAAAAAACAAAACUAACUCUAUAAAUAAUAAUAUUCACAAUGGAAAUAUAAAUGAGAAAAUAAUAUCAUCUGCUUAUUUAAUAAAUCAAUCCUUAGGGAAACAGUCUUUUCCUAAGAUGGAUAACGAAGUAAAUGAUUGUACUAGAGAACUUCGAUCAUCAAACAAUUCAUUUCCUUCUAAACCAUCGAUCGUACCCAAUAAUAAAGUCGAAAAUGAAAAUGUAUCUAGACAGUCGGAUCUUAAUAGACCAACUAUAGAAAGUACAUUUUUACUGCUUUCAAAACGAUUAACUGAAAAACGUAUGAUUGCAAAUCGUCCCGAGGAUCUUCAUUUAAUGACUCCAAAACAGAUUGCAGCAGAAAAGCUCGCCUUACAAAAAGCCUUAUUAUAUUUUGAAAAUCUGCAUGGACGACCAAAAGAACUUCAGGAUCGUAUAACGAUGCGACCAUUAUAUGACAGAUAUCGUAGUGUCAAACGUUUAUUAAAUUGUUUACAAUCUGAUAAUAAUUUGAAUAUUGCUGAACACAUAGAAGAAACUAGUGAUACAGAACUUCAGUCGUCUGUCCCAUCGAUUGAUGAUCAAAUGAGACGGCGAUCAAUACUAUCACCAAAUUUAGUGCCGCUAAUCAAUGAUAGUAAUAUACAAACAAAAUCUAUUCAUUCUACUGGUACAACUAGCAAUAGUAUCGCCUCAUUUAAGUCAGUUAAUCCUGUUUCUUAUUCCAGUUUGCGAUCUAUCAACAGAUUAUAUAAUCCAGUCUCAUCCAUACCUGAUAACAAUCUACCUGUUCCAUCUAUGAUGUCGCUGUCCACUUCAGCAUCAUUCAACCUGCCUAUAUAUUCUUCGAUUACUUCAGCCCAAUCUACUCUUGGUAAUAAUAAUGAUCAUGUUAAUGAUAGAUUGGAUUUGGCUCGAAAACAACCUACUGUUACAUCAAUUCCAUCAACAGUAAGAUAUAACAUUAAUCCUAACUCUAAAAGGUUGUUCAGUCCAAAUGAACGACCAACAUAUAUUGAUGAGAGUCAGAAUAAAAAUAAUUUUGCUUUUAAUAAACAAUCUUACAUUUUGGAUUCAAAUGUUGAUCUGAAGUACAAUGAAAUAGAUUGUGAUACAAAAAGUACCAGUGAUAGAAAUAGUCGAGUACCGUGUGGUAAAAAUAAUGAAUGGUUUGGGACAAUCGGUUUGAGUAAAAGAAAUCAAGAUAAUGCCAUUCACAACUAUCAUGUAAAUACUUUUAAUUGUCAUUCUCAAUUCGUUAAUGAAAAUAACCAACAUCCUGUAGAAAAUGCGUUAUCUACAUCAACACAUACAUCGACUAGAUUGUUUGAUACAGUGACAUGCUCAAAUAGAAUUAGAAGUGAAUUCUCCUCGCCUAUUCGUCAAGAAAAUUUCAUCGGUGCCAGAGCACCAUACUUUUCGCCUCCGCCAUUAUCGUCUUCAUUUUCCAACCCAAAAACUAUUCAAGCCAAUAUUUCGAAUGAAGUUCAGUUAAGUACUAAUCCUACUGCUCUAAUGAAAAAUCGCCGUCAAUUUCUUGACACCUCAGAAAAUGCUAUAAAUACUGUGUCAUUCAAUGAAAAAUGCACGGACUCGUCACAAGCUAUUUCAUCAUCAGACUUUUCAAGUUGGUCUACCGCUGACUUGAAGACAGCAUUACGUACUCUGCGUGAAUCAAAACGCCAAUUACAAAAGACCUUGAAAGAUUUUGAACACGAAUUUGCCCAAACUACUGGUCAAAAGGUAGAACGAGAGGAUCGAUUAUGUAUGCGUUCAGAAUACUGUGAAUACAAAGCGUUAAAAACACGUCUUUUCCAACUAGAAACUGAACUGAAAGGUCGAUGUGCUUAA